GGCAAGGUUCCUGCUGAGAAGAAGGAAGCUGGCAAGAAGACCGCCGCCGCCGCGUCUGGCGACAAGAAGAAGCGUGGCAAGACCAGGAAGGAGACCUACUCUUCGUACAUCUACAAGGUCCUCAAGCAGGUCCACCCCGACACUGGUAUCUCGACCCGUGCCAUGUCGAUCCUGAACUCGUUUGUCAACGAUAUCUUCGAGCGUGUCGCUACGGAGGCUUCCAAGCUGGCUGCUUACAACAAGAAGUCGACCAUCUCGUCCCGGGAGAUCCAGACCUCUGUGAGGUUGAUCCUGCCCGGUGAGCUGGCCAAGCACGCCGUGUCGGAAGGCACCAAGGCUGUUACGAAGUACUCUUCUUCC